AUGGAGCAGAAUGUACUAUUUCCGAAUGAGCCAAUAACACUCCCAAAAGGAUACAAGUGUCCUAAAGAAUACGCAGAAGCUUUAGUAAACUAUGUAGAAAAGUAUAGGUACUUGAUUGAAAUUCAUUUUGUUGAUUUCAUCACUCUUGAUCAUUGGAAUCUCUUAAGCAAAGAUUGGCAACAUGCUCUUUUAGAUGAGCCAGACUGGUUCGAUGCUAUUACUAAUAUAGCAACUGGAAAAUAUAAAGAAAGCUGGCCUGCAUCCUUAAAGGACUUUAUCAAAGCGACUAAGGAUAUUGAGCUACCUAGAGUCAACCCAGAUUCAUCUAGACAGAUGAUUAGUCCGCUCGAUAAACGGAUUCUACCGGGUAUGGUAGAAAAAAAGAUACACGAAGUAGAACGAAUGACACCAGUGAUCAAACAAUUAGCAAAGGAUCAUCAGAUCGAAUCGAUUAUGGAUCUAGGUGCAGGCCAAGGUUAUCUAUCUCGAUCACUUGCCUAUCGUUCGAACCUAAAAGUACUCGCUGUCGAUUCAUCUGAAGUCCAAACAUGUGGGGCUAAACGAUUUGACGAAAGAAUCAUCAAGCACCUGAAAAAAAGCGAUGUUCUUCAACUGCACCACGUGAAUGAAUUCAUUACACCAGACAAUGCAUCGACUAUUUUAUCCAGAUGGAGUCAAGUGCAAAGUGAAAAAUGGCUGCUCUGUGGUCUACACACAUGUGGUGACUUGGCCAGCAUGAUCCUUCAACUCUUCACAGCUAGUCCAGAGAUGACCUGUUUGGUCAAUGUCGGCUGUUGCUAUCACUUUUUGAGCGAACAAAAACCUCAUUGCGGCUUCCCGCUGAGUGAAACGAUCAAAAAGACACAUCUUUUUAUUGGUCACACCGCACGGAUGCUCUCGAGUCAGGUACCCGAGCGAUGGGUUGAAAAAGUAGAUGACACUUUGAUCGCCCUGGAACAUCACUUUUUUAGGGCUCUCCUGCAACAAAUCAUGGUCGAAAAGGGGCUGGCCGUUGCUGGCGCCGCUCCAGUGAUCGGCAGACUUAAUAAGAAAAAGGACUUUACAUCGUUCCCAGUGUACGUCAAGGCGGCGGCAUCAAGACUUAAUCUACCUCCGGAUACCAUUAGUGAUAAAGUGGCUGAGGAAUACUACAGUGAUUAUAAAGCCAGACAGAUAGAUAGACAAAUUGCCUUUGUUUGGUCAUUGCGUGCGAUACUCGCCCCCGUGUUAGAAAGUAUUAUACUCGUCGAUCGAUGGCUUUAUUUAAAUGAUGCUAUUCCAGAUAGCCCUACUAAAAAGGUGUGCCUGUGGCCACUCUUUGAUCCAAUGACUUCACCUAGAAAUAUGGUCAUCAUGGCUACAAAAUAA